AUGGUCUCAGUGAAUCCGGACGCGACUAUAGGACAGGCAGCGUCGUUCUUCACUUCCGGCCUGCCCGCUACGACCUCUUUCACGGCCUCGUCGAAUACAACGUCCUCCUCCCUUCUUGCGCCCUCGCUUGAGCAAUUCCUCCGUCUCCCACUCCGGAUCGUUUCCCGAAUCGAUCGUGCACUGCUCUUCAUUUGGAAUCGGUUCGUGCUGGAAAGCCUGGGAAUAGAUACAGUCGUCGCUGAAGCCGUGGCUGGCACCGCCGGGACGCAAGCAAUGGCUGAAGCAGCGGCGCAACCCGCCGUUGCCGGUGCGCAGGCGUUGGGCGAGGCAGCGUCGGAGGGCUGGGGAGCGUUCUUCGCGGAGGCAUUUCAAAGCAGUUCAUUCAAGAGUUACUGGGGGAUGUUGCAUUAUUUGACUUCUAGAUGGGCUUUCACCUGUUUCGCCAUGGCAAUCAUUCUUAAUCGGAUCGGUGUUUAUGGAGCGUCCAGACAGCGGAUAUACCUGGAUUGGCCAAAGAGACUGGCUUUGCGCAUUAUACCAAUCCUUCUCCUGGCCAGCCGAGUUCGCCAACUCCUGCAGGCCAUCAGAUGCCAGACAUCUCCGGACUUUUCACUCUAUCGACAUGGAGAUAACAACAAAUACAGCUUGUUGGAUUGGUCGACCGACGGCGGCAUGUUGCACACUUUGACUUCAGCCAUCCUCUUUGCCUCAACAGAUGCUGAUGCUUGUGCCGCGGUAGGCCUGUCCAGACCAAGUCCGGAUGUCCGGGCACCUUAUGGAUCGUUUUCGCUCCUUUGGCCUUCAUUUUUGGGGUUAUGCCUGUCGCAUGUGGUAGAAAGCCUGUCGUGCUCGCUGCAGCAAAUUCCAAUGAUGACAGAAGUUGGCAUGUCUAUCUUCGAGCACUCGUUGGCCUUUGCCGAGGCAGAGACCAUGCUCUCUCAUACCCUAGGACUUGGACUUUUUGGUACUCCAAGGUCGUCCACCGGCGGCAGGACGAACAGUACGGUCGUGGAACACAUUCAAUCUCAACCUACGAUACCGGCAUCUGGUACGAUCCUUGCCCUUGCAGAUGCUACUGCGUCUCUGACAGGCCCACAUGUACUGGAUCGUGUCAAUGUGCCAGUGGAGGUUCUUUUGGUUGCGUUACUGUCAUGUUGCAACUCGUUGUCAUCCCAUAUCAUUGCCGUGUUGGGAAAGCAGCGUCAAUGGCGGCUUAUCAAUACCGGUAUUUGGGGUCUUGCAUUUAUGUCAGCCUUUCUCUGGGGAUUUUUCAGCACAAGUAUGAUGGUUCGAAGUGGCGAGGACGGCGACCAACGUCCCGUCAGCAGUCUUCUCCAUUUUCCCACCGUUGCCAUUGUCGGCUUCCUUCCGCACAUGGUGAUCCUGCUGGGCAUCGCGGUGUGCUUUGUGAUAUACAUUGUCGCACUCACCCUUACAGCCAUUUCUUUGGGUAGCAAUCCACGCAUACCUCAGCCAACAAGUCUCAAGGAGCGCUUCAGCAUAGCUCACGACAAUCUGCAGGCAGCAAUCCAAACUCGGGGUAUCAAUAUCCGAUGGUAUGAAGAUUUUUAUACGGCCUUGCUCCGGAUCGGCUUUGCCGCGUUGACAGCCGCGUCCGAAGCUGUUUUCCUAAAUGAGGGGAGAGCAGUCGAAGUGCGACAGUUCACCUGGUUGGAAGAAGACCGGUUGGACGAGUUCGAAGCUGCCCGUGGCGACGCCGGAUCUUUGACGAGUAGUCAACAGUUUCAGAUUCUCGAAGAAUAUGGCUUGCCUUCAUCGAGCCCCGGCGGAACUGAUAAAGGUGGCGUUUGGCAAUCGGGAUAUUCCAAGGAACGCAAAUUCCACGACAAAAAGCAAGGCGAACUGGAGGGAAAGGACUCGUUUGUAUAUCCGACCCCCAGUGCUGGAGGAGUUGGGGCUGUUCAACGAACGACAAAGUUUUAUUUGCUGAUGAUCUAUCUACGGGGCAUUAUUUUCUUGAUUGGUGGAUAUGUCGGGUUUGGACUUGGUGUGUUGCUGGACGCAAUUGGCAUCACCGCUCGACCUCGAUGGCUGAAAAAGAUUGUGGGUCGGUCGUUGAAAAAGAUGAAUGCUGCUCGUGACGCUGCCAGGCCAGACAGUAACAACAGCAUGUCUGACCUCUGGCUUAUUGCCCAGGAUGGCCAGCUCAAUGCACCACUAAGUGAUGAUGUGGACAUUGCAUCCGAUAUCAGGCGGCGAUUGAUGACCGAAUUUCCUGAGGAGAGGGUGGACGAAAUGAUUGAUUCGACGCUGUACAAUUGGUGGAAGUCUGGCGGAUGGUUCGGAAACCGAGACGACAGUGGUGAUUACCAACCGACAGACAACGAGGAUCUUGACGAUACCACGAGUGUGGUGUCCAUGUCUACUCAAGCCAGUAACCAAACUGAUGACGGUGAAGCAGCCAGUCAGUGGGAGUGGGAGUCGGAAUCGGAGGGACAGAAAACACCGACACAACUGACUUCCUCAACCGAACUAACGACCCUUACAAGACCAGGUUGGUCAUUCUCGUCUACGGCAGUGAGGACAAGAGAGUCGUCAACGCCACCAGGCGCGGAUGCUUCCGAUGUCCCUGAUAUACCGCUCGACCCUACGACGCUGGCGAGAUUGUUGAAUCCUGCGGACAAAGAGUCGCGGGAAGAAGCGCGGAUCCUUGCCGCUCACCUGGCUACUAGUGCUGCGUCUUCUGGGAGUGGUAGCAUCAUGACCCGAUCUCGGUAUCGUCGCGAACAAGAGAAAGAACGAGCGCGGGUCUUGCUUGCCGGCCGGGCAGCAGCACGUCAUACUCAUGCCAAUGGUCAUGCACCAGCGAUAUCCCUGUAUGACCCGCCAAACUCGUCGUCAGGACCACGUCCCUUGACAACGGCGGAAGAAGCAGAGGUUCUCGAGUCGUUGAUUUUGAGUAGGCGGAAACGGCGACAACAGCGGACGGACGAUACUGACCCCAUGGAUGCGCAUGCGCAUGGGAAUACGGAUGCCGAUACGGAUACCGAUGUUACUUCUGCAGGACCUCUAUGCGUGUUUGGCGUUGAAUAA